AGGUAACAACGGGGGAUUCGAGACCAAUUGAAGGAUGCAAAGCUACAGGCUGCCCCCUGCUGCCCUAAAUGUGCAUUGCGACCAUCCCCGGUUGGACUUCCACUUUCUGCUAAAAUGCAUUCAGCUGUCUGUUAGUGGGAAGUUGCAGAAUAAAGAAAAUAAAGAUGAUGCCCAGAAUUUCUUCCAAUUCUUAAAAUGCCCCCAACUUCCAGGAAUCCAGAGCCUUCAUAACAUAAACUACUGAGCUUAUAUUUUGAAUAGUCAAAGUAAAACUCUUUACGUGGGAUGCUUUUCCUCCAUAAAUAAUAUUUUAAGAAGAGACCAGGAAUGGCAGUCAGCAAACUUCUGAUCCUGGCACCACAUUUCCUGCCCAUGUAAUCACUGAGGGUCAUGAUUUUCCUGAGCCCCCAGGUCUGCACCCAAAUCCAGAUGUGAUCAGCCUUCCCUCGCAAGGCUGUCAUAUUUCAAAGAGAGAUAAACGCAAGUGAGCACGCUCUCAAAGCUAACGCGCUAUGCAAGUACUAUUUUAAAUGUAAUUUUCUAUCAGGGAAUAUUUAAAUUAUUUCCCAGAGCCUAGAUUGGUAUUGGAAAUGCAGAGUGCCUAGUUGCUGAAGAUUAUCAAGGACGCUCCUGGGGAAAAUGGGGAGAAGUCGGGCGUUAGCUGAGUCACACAGGGUGAGAGAGUUAAUGCAGCAGGACUGAGGCUGCUGUGCUGAGGCGGGCCUGCUCUGACACUGGCCCUUCCUUCACUGGUGUCUGGGAACUUAGAUUUUGGGGGGCUUCCCUCACCUCCCUGCUCAGAACGGCUCUCUGUGCCGCAGCUGUUGGUGCUGCAGCAUUGCUCCCACUGAGCGCUGCUUUCCUGCAGGAGUCUGGGCUCUGGGGCUGUGCUGUGCAGAAGGGGCCUGCAGAAGCAGCUCCCCUACUGCCAGAAGCCCUGGGCACCGAGUCUUAAAGGAGCCUCUCUGGCCUUCACAUGAGUUUGUCACAACUCAUUGCUGGGGAGUCAGCUCAUCCUGUGUGACUCCCCAGGAAGAGGGCUCUGGAAGCAGGUGCCUGGCUUCCUCUGCACCUCCCCUCGCAUGCCUAUUCCCUUUGCUGGUUUUGCUUUGCUUCCUUUUGCCAUAAUAAACCAUAGCCAUGAGCAUCACCAUAGGCAGUCCUGCAAGGUCUCCUCGUGAAUCAUCGACCUGGAGGUGGUCUCGGAGACCCUCCUACACCACACAGCAACCAGUUCUGGCCAGACUGGUAAAGCUGACGUGCUUGAGCUUUGCUGGAAUCAACACUCCUGAUGAAAAACCCAACGGAAAGAAACAGAGGUUCAAAGACAUCCAUCACAGCUAAUGCUCUGCAGAGAGGGAAACACCAUGCCCAGCUGGACCAGCCCACAGAAAAGUUUCAUGGAAAGAACCAGAAUCUUCCAACACAUACCAGGCACAAUGAGAAGCCGAGGGACCCAGAAACAUGGAGUGUGGGGGGCAGAAGCCAUGAGGGGUGUCAGAGGAGGUCAGUUGAGAGAGGCCUGGGGUCACAGAGCGAACUUAGGCUGCCGAGUCAGAGCCAAGACUGGACUGAAGGCCCAGAACGGAACCCCUGCCCUCAGGGUCAUGACCUCAAAGCCAGGCCUCAGUCCUGUAAUUAAACUUGCUUGGUGAGGGCCUCAAUUUCCUCAUCUGUCCAAUGGGGUUGGAAAUCCCUACCUUGAAUGAUUGGGAGGGGUCAGCAAGAUAAAGAUGACGCUUUGUGAACCCUCUGUGCAGAUAGAACAGGUAUUGACAUUAAUAGGACGGUACCACUCAUUUCCCAGAGCCCAGCACACGCUCAGAACCUCUUCCAUGAUCGGCAGAGACACUGGAGCCACAUGCCGCUGUCUGCUCUGGAGUCACAAAGCACCUUCCCACCCACUUCUCAGGUGAGCCUCACAGAAUCCUUGAGGGGGCAGAACAGGAUUAUUGCCCCUGCACAGGCCUGGAAAGGGCAGGGGUAGCCCCCAGCACGUGGCAGUCUGGGAGGCUGGGCCCAAACCCCCUGGCCCAUCAAGGAGCCCUGGUCUUUUCUUGCUGCCACAGAAGUCAGAACUUGGGUCCCUCCCUCCCCCAUGCUGUUUGGAGGCCUCCAGCAGGGGCAUCACGAGGCAGACCUGGGGGGCAGCUGAGCUGGGCAUGGCUCAGCUCAGGGGCGCACUCUCCCUGACCCUGGGGUUUAGAUAACACACACGCACACAUACAUGCACACACAUGGCCCGCCCCUUCCUGGGCACACUUGGGAGCUGCCCAUCGCCAGGGCAACAGUCAACACAGACAGAAGCUCCAAACAGAGCUGGGCUCAAAUGCUCUCCUCAGCCUGCAGGGCCCCAGUGCCUGUCGGCCACUCUGGGCUCAGGGUCCAGAGGCGCAGUGAGGGGGACCCCAAAAGGCUGUCUUGGGGUCAGGAGGGGAGAGGACGUCCCAGGAGUGGUCCGCGCUCGGGCAGGAGCCUUUGUCUCCCUCUCUGUCUUACACGCACACUUGCACGCAUGGGAAGCCACCCCACCCCUGGGCUCCAGAGAACCAAGCCAGCUGGACACCAACUGCCUUCAGACAGGCUGCCAGCCUCAGUCUCCUCCACUGCCCGGGGUCACCCUGUGGCGGGCAGGGCCCUCGCUGGCGGUCGCCAGGGCCCCCGAGCCCUGGAAACACAGCGGGAUCAGCUGUGGGGAGAACUGCUGGAGGCCGAGAGGCGCAGCCAGCGGCGCUGGGCCGAGAACUGGAGUUUCCUGAAAGACUACGACCCCACGGGCCGCAGGAAGGAGCCCGUGCAGCUGCCAGAGUACGUGUCCCUCUUCUCUGACACGGUCCCCAAUUCCACGAACCAACUCGUGGGCAGCCGGCUGGACACGGCCCUGGGGAAAACCCUCAUUGACAUGGACUUCUUCUUCGUGGAAGGAGUCCGGAAGAGGAAGCUGGAGGAGGAGCUGCAGCCCGUGUAGACGGCGCGGCGGCCGGCUGCCCAGGUCCUGAGGCCAGAAAGCCAAAGGAGGUCUCACUGAAGUCCAGGUGUUGGCAGGACAGUGUUCCUUGCUGGAGACCGGAGGAAUCUGGUCCUCAUCUUCUCCAGCUUUGAGAGGCGGCCCACAUUCCUCGGGCCCCCGGGCCCCUUCAUCUUCCAGGACAGCAUGAAGGCAUCUCCCUCCUCCAUCUUUAAAGGACCCUUGUGAUUGAGGACACUGGCCCACCCUGGCUGUCCAGGAUCAUCUCUCCACCUCACAGUCCUUUACUUAAUCACGUCUGCGAAGUCCUGUUGCAUGUAAGGUCACACAUCACACAUGCAGGUCCCGGGGAUUCGGUCACAGAUGUCUCUGCCUGCCAUGCAGAGGGAUAAUAAUUGCACCGAUUAUGUACGGUUGUUCUGAGGAUCAAAGGAGCUACCAUGUGUAAUCGUUUAGAGCCGUGCCUGGGACUCAGAAUGAGGACGUGUUUGCAGAGGACGCCGCUCUCUCAGGAGGGAGAUCCCCACCCUGAUGCAGGUACCCAGGGCAGGCGUGGGUCCCCCGGCAGAGGCGCCGAGGGGCUCUGCUCUCCCAUCAGUGUCUGCAUCUCUCGCGCUCCCUGUGUGAUGGUCAGGGUGGUCAGCGAUAGGCUGGGGCCGAGCAGGGAGGAGCCUGUCUCUAAGGAACCUGUGAUCUGUUUCUGUCCCACGUCCUCUGUGCGGCGAGUGGACAGGGAGGUUUUGGGGCCUGGGCUCUGGCGGCAGCAGGGCACCUGGCAUCUACGUGACACCUACGUGGGCAGUGCUGGCAGGGACUGGCAGGAAAGGGACGCGUGCUAAGUGUUGGUCUCCUUCCCCACCCCAAGGGUCAUGCUGGUAGCUCAUAAAACUUUAUGGAGGACAGUCUGGCCCUUGUUGCCAAGCAAAAAUGGCAAAGAAAGCUUCUUUCCUGUUUGCUGGUUAAAAAACAAUGGGUCACUUCUCUUCUUCCUGGGCACAGAGCUAGGCUGGGUUUCCCCUGUGAUGUAGGCACAGGUGGGUGACCAGGCUGCGGCCAGCGGACCAGGAGCAGAGCAGCGCUCCCCACCCCCAGGCCCGGCCACGAGACUCCUGUCCUCUUCUCUCC